AUGGAAGCCAGUAUCCUGCCCAGCGUCCCUGCGUGUGCAGGCAUUGCCCUGGUGGCCUUGUUCCUGUACCAUUUCAUUAUCUACCCUAGCUUUCUUUCUCCACUGGCGAAGAUCCCUAACGCUCACCCAUUGGCUCCAUACACGUCCCUGUGGAUCUUGUGGGCGAGGUAUCGGAUUCGUGAAAAUAACACCGUUCUCCAAGCACACCAGCAGCAUGGCGAUGUCGUCCGUUUGGCGCCGAACGAGGUCAGCAUCAACUGUGUGAACGAUGGCAUCAAGACAGUGUACGGGAAGGGUUUCGAGAAGCCGCCAUUCUAUACCGUCUUCGUGAACUAUGGAGCGUUGAAUAUGUUCUCCUCCUUACACUCUCCUGAACAUGCGAUGCGGAAGAAGCGUAUAUCGAACAUCUAUUCCAAAUCAUUUUUACAAGCCUCACCCGACGCGACGGCCAUAAUUCAGGAGGUAGUGCAACGUCGACUUCUCCCGCAGUUCGCCAACCAUGCCAACACCAAGAAGCCAAUGGAUAUUUAUCCCAUUUACAAAGCAACUGCCAUGGAUCUGACUACUUCAUACUUCUUCGGUCUGUCGGCCGGCACCCAGUUUGUGACUGACCUGACAGCCGCCGCCUGUUGGCAAAACCUGUAUUUGGACGACCAACACCCGGUGUCGCUAUUCUGGCUGCAAGAGUUGCCCGGUCUCACUGCGUGGCUGGAGAAACUUGGAAUCUCCCCUGUUCCCCGGGCACGACAUCUUGCACAUGAUCAGAUUGCUGCUUGGUGUCUCAACAUGAGUGAUGGUGCAGAAAUCAUGCUAGCCAAAAAGGCAGGCGGGUCCUCCUUGGAGCCGGGCCACCUUCCGGUAGUAUACGAGAGACUCCGUCAGAGCACCGAGAAAGAGGGCGUGUCUACCACACCCAGUAUCACCCAGAAUCCCAUGAUCGGUGACGAUGUCUCUGCCGGCAUGGACGGAAAUGCAGCACAGACUCUCCGGACACCGCGGUCCCCGCAGCAAUUGCAGGUUACCAGCGAGUUGCUAGAUCAACUUAUUGCUAACAAUGGCACCGUGGCAACGACGCUGCUGUAUGUGACGUGGCAGCUGUCGCAGAACUCAGUGGCACUGGCGCGUCUUCAGGACGAGUUGCGCAGCAAGCUGGGUCCCGAAGCAUUUGCAUGGUCCGCCUCGAAGGCGGGGGAUGACACGCUACCCAAGGCAAAGGAUGUGGACGAGCUGCCUUACUUGAAUGCAGUUGUUAUGGAGACCCUGCGACUACACGCCCCGGUGGCCGGCAGUCAGCCACGGAUCACGCCGGCGAAUAACCAAACCACGCUGGGUCCGUAUGAAAACAUACCCGGAGGAGUACGCGUAAGUGCGGCUGCGUGGAGCCUGCAUCGCAAUCCCGCAGUAUUCCCACGCCCAGAUGAAUGGCAUCCAGAGCGUUGGCUGUCAGAAACUCUGGAAGGCGCUGAUAAGAAGGAGCGCUGGUUCUGGGCAUUCUCCAGUGGGUCGCGCAUGUGUAUUGGCAGUAAUUUGGCAUUGUACUUGUUGAAAUAUGUGGUGGCAGCUAUCUACGCCAACUUCCGCACACAUAUUGUAAAUGACGAGGGAAUUGAGCAGGAGGACGGCUUCAUUUCGGGACCAAGGGGGAAUCAGUUAACGGUUGCGUUCGAGGGCGUAAAAUUCAACUGA